GGAAGUGCCGCGGCAGUCAACUUCCCUUCCUGCCUGCUCCCGCCACUGCGACUUCUUGUAAAGUCUUUUUUUUUUUUUUUCGUCCUCAUGGCGUUUCUUCUUUAAAACACCGCGGCGGAACUCUGCUGGGGCUCCUGGGAAAAACAGGAAGGAGGAACUUUUUUUCUCCCCCAUUUGAAAACGUGGACGUCUGAUUCCAAUCAAUGCAAGUCAUCAGAAUCAGGAACAUGAGUUUGCGAGAGAUCAGUGAGAACGUGACGUUGGCCCGUGAAUAUGCUCUGCUGGGGAACUACAACUCAGCCAGUGUUCUCUACCAAGGCCUGUUGGAACAAAUCAAGAAAUAUCUGUGCACCACACGGGACGGCAGUCUUCAGCAGAGAUGGCAGAAGCUGCGGCAGGAAGUGAGUGAGGAGAACCGACAGGUGCAGGUGAUCAUGUCAACCCUGGAAGGCUUCAAGCUGGACGCGGCGGGGCCCGUUAAACCAAUGGACCCGGAUGAUUUUGAAAUUCGGCCGGUUCCUGUAGAACCCAGGCCACCUGCCAACCCUUACAGAGACAACAAAGCCGCCAACAACCGCCUCAGCGUUGCGGUGAGGGCCCAGCAAAGGCAGUCACCACGCGGGGGCAACGGGGACAGAAAAAACCCCCCCAAGGGCAAAGACAAAAAAGAAACAAAAGAAGCUGCUGGCAAAGCAAAGGACGACAAGAGCAAAGGAGAAGGGCAGGAAAAGGAAGUGAAAAGGUUUGACGGAGCAGGAUAUGACAAAGACUUGGUGGAGGCCCUGGAGAGAGAUAUUAUAUCUCAGAAUCCAAACGUCAAAUGGGACGACAUUGCGGACCUGGAUGACGCGAAGAAGCUCCUGAAAGAAGCAGUAGUGUUGCCAAUGUGGAUGCCAGCCUUUUUCAAAGGCAUACGCAGACCCUGGAAGGGAGUGCUCAUGGUGGGACCUCCCGGCACAGGGAAAACACUUUUGGCAAAAGCCGUGGCCACCGAAUGCAGGACCACGUUCUUCAACGUCUCCUCCUCCACUCUCACCUCCAAGUAUCGAGGAGAGUCGGAAAAACUGGUGCGCCUGCUGUUUGAAAUGGCUCGCUUCUAUGCUCCCACGACCAUCUUCAUCGACGAGAUCGACUCCAUGUGCAGCCGCAGGGGAACCUCAGAGGAACACGAGGCCAGUCGGAGGGUCAAGGCGGAGCUGCUGGUGCAGAUGGACGGUGUCGGGGGAGCGUCAGAAAACGAGGACCCUUCGAAAAUGGUGAUGGUGCUGGCUGCCACCAACUUCCCCUGGGACAUAGACGAGGCUCUGAGAAGACGUCUGGAAAAGAGGAUCUACAUUCCUCUUCCUUCCGGCUCAGGGCGGGUGGAGCUGCUGCGGAUUAACCUGAAGGAGUUGGAGCUGGCCAGUGAUGUGAAUAUGGACAAGAUCGCUGAGCAGAUGGAAGGUUACUCAGGAGCUGACAUCACCAAUGUGUGCAGGGAUGCUUCCCUCAUGGCCAUGAGGCGGCGAAUCGAGGGGCUCACGCCGGAGGAAAUCCGCAACAUCCCCCGGGACGAGAUGCACAUGCCCACCACCAUGGAGGACUUUGAAGCCGCCUUGAGGAAAGUUUCCAAGUCGGUGUCUGCGGCCGACCUGGAGAAGUACGAGAAGUGGAUCGAGGAGUUUGGGUCGUGUUAAAAAGGGCCAAGACAUCAAGGUAACUCUUGCGGAGCGAACUGUAAUGGUGGCUAAAUUGUCACAAAGGACGGAUUAGAGAUGAGCGCACACACACACACACACACACACACACACACUAACCACAGAAGCCUGACGUAUAUUCCUGUGCCUUCAAUCCAUUUUUGUGUAUCUAGGACACUAAAAGGUCAUUAUUUUUUAGAGCACUUGCUUGUAUAUUGAAAACUGUGCUCAUUAUAACCAACAAAUGCAUAAAAAUCAUAGUAUAUAAGUAUAUUUAUAUAAAUAAAGUCAACUUUGACCUGA